CCUCGCUUCCUCGAGGAAAACAGGAAGUAGGUUUCACUUGUAUUACAGAAGUUAGAGAAAUUUCAGAGCUGCUGUUCAACACAAUGGUUUCAGAGGAGGAAAGAGAAAGACCUACAAAUAUUAUUUGAGAUCUCCUUGUUCUGCAGCUGUUAAUUGGUGAAGGACAAUGGCGUCUUUUAAAGAUCUGCUCAUGGACUCACUGAAGGAGCUAGUAGAAGAUGAAUUGGAGGAGUUUCAGUGGCACUUAGAGAAAGAUCAUGAGGGUAUAUCAAAGUCUGAAAUUCAGAAUGCAAAUAGGUUAAAAACAGUGGAUAAGAUAGUGGCGUGUUUUGGACCAGAAGAAGCUGUGAAGAUCAUGGUUGACACCCUGAGGAAGAUGAAGCAGAAUGAGCUGGCUGAACAGUUAGAGAACAAACACAAGAAAGUGAGUGUUUCUCUCACGGCUCAGGCUGACGGCAAUACGAACACAUCUGUCUGUUUUGGAGCUAAUUCAGAGCUGCAAAACUUCUUGAGAACUCACAAAAACAAAAUGAAGAAGAAAGCAAAAUAUAUUUUUGAAGGCAACCAAGAAAAUAACACAGAUCUCAAGGCUGUUUACACAAAAGUGUUCAUCACAGAGGGAGAUAUGAAAGAUGUUAAUCAGGAACAUGAGAUUCAACAGAUUGAUGAUGCUUUCAAGAAGAGAAAAACACAGGACAAACCAAUUCAAUGCAAUGAUAUAUUUACUGAACUGAGGAAAAACGAUGAGGAGAAGAUUGUGCUGACCAAGGGAGUCGCUGGCAUCGGAAAAACUGUCUCUGUGCACAAAUUCAUCCUGGACUGGGCAGAAGGAAACACCAAUCAGGAUAUAGACUGUGUGUUCCUGCUUCCAUUUAGAGAGAUCAACAUGAUUAAAGACAGAGAGGUCAAUCUCCAUGAGUUUCUGCUGAAAUUUUAUCCUUUAUUGAAGAACCUGGGGAAAUCAAAGCUAUAUGAGGAAUGUAAGCUAGCAUUUAUAUUUGAUGGACUUGAUGAGAGUCAAUUGCCGUUGAACUUCAAAAGUGAAACACUGGACACUGUUCAGGAAAGAGCAUCUCUAGAUGUACUGUUUACAAGUCUGGUCAAAGGGACUCUGCUUCCAUCAGCUCUUGUGUGGGUGACAUCACGACCAGCAGCGGCCAAUCAGAUCCCUCGUCGGUGUGUGGGUUUGUUCACAGAGGUGCGAGGAUUCACUGACCAACAGAAGGAGGAGUACUUCAGAAAGAAAAUCACAGAUGAAAGUCUGGCCUCCAGAAUCAUCUCACACAUUAAGACGUCUCGUAGUCUCUACAUCAUGUGCCACAUUCCUGUAUUCUGCUGGAUCACAGCCACAGUACUUCAGGAUAUUCUCAUUGAGAACAAUGCAGAGAACAUCAGCACAACACUCACUGAAAUGUACAUUCACUUCCUGCUGAUACAGAUGAACAUGAAGAACCAGAAGUAUGAUGGAAAAGAACAAAGACAACGCACAAAGCUCUUACAUUCAAAUAGAAAAAUGAUUCUGAAGUUAGCCAAGCUAGCGUUUAAACAGCUAGAGAAGGAAAAAAUUGUGUUCUAUGAGGAAGAUCUGGAAGAAUGUGGUAUUGAUGUGAGUAAAGGCACUGAGUUCACAGGAAUGAUUGCUGAGAUCUUUAAGAAGGAAAAUGGACUUUAUGAGACAAAGGUCUUCUGCUUUGUGCAUCUGAGUGUUCAAGAGUUCCUCGCUGCAGUGCAUGUGUUUAUCUGCUACCUGAAGAAGAACAUGCGAGAGCUUAGUUUUUUCUUUGAACAUUCACAAACUACAGCCAGACAAAAGCUUCAGGUCUUUUUUAGAAAUGUCACAUUCCAUGACUUAACAAAGAGGGCCACUGAAAAGGCAAUGCAGAGUAAGAGAGGACAUCUGGACCUGUUCCUGCGGUUUCUGAUGGGACUUUCACUGAAAUCCAGUCAAAAUCUGCUCAAAGGCCUGAUCACACACACUAAAGACACUAGUGGGAGCAUCAGAAAAAUAAGUGUACACAUUAAAAAAUUACAAAAAAAUAACAUUUCAGAUGAAACUUCAGUCAACCUAUUUUACUGCUUACUUGAGCUCAAAGAUCAUUCAUUCUAUGAGGAAAUAAAGAGCUACUUCAGUUCAGAUGAACAUCCAGGAAGAGACCUCUCAUCUUCAAUGUGUACAGUAAUGACCUACAUACUGCUGAUGUCAGAGAUGGUGUUGGAAGAGUUCAACCCAAAGAGGUUCACAUCCUCAUCUUCAGACUUCAAGAGGCUCAUCCCAGCUGUGAGGUGCUGCAGAAGAGCACUAUUUGAUGGCUGUGGUCUUGAUGAAACAUGCUGUGAAACUGUGUCUUUAGCUCUACAACUGUCAAACUCCCAUCUGACAGAGCUGGACCUAAGUAGCAAUGACCUGCAGGAUUCAGGAGUGAAGCUGCUUUAUGAUGGACUGAAGAGUCCACACUGUCGACUAAACAUACUGAGGCUGUGUGGGUGUCAUCUCACUGGUAAGUCCUGUGAAAGCUUAUCUUCAGCUCUACAAUCCUCAAACUGUGUCCUGAGAGAGCUGGACCUGAGUAACAAUGACCUGCAGGAUUCCGGAGUGAAGCUUCUUUCUGAAGGACUAAAGAGUGCAAACUGUCAGCUGAAGACACUGAGAUUUUCCAUAUGUAAUCUCACUGCUCAGUCUUGUGAGAAUUUGUCUUCAGCUCUACAAUCCUCAAACUCUGUUCUGAGAGAGUUGGAUCUGAGUAACAAUGACCUGCAGGAUUCUGGAGUGAAGCUUCUUUCUGAAGGACUAAAGAGUCUAAACUGUCAGCUUGGUAUAUUGAGGUUGUCUGGCUGUAUGGUGACAGAGGAAGGCUGUGGUUAUGUGUCUUCAGCUCUGAGUUCAAACCCCUCACACCUGAUAGAGCUUGAUCUGAGCUUCAAUCACCCAGGAGAUUCAGGAGUCAAGCUGCUCUCUGAAAAACUGGAGGAUCCAAACUGCUCAUUGGAAAAACUCAACUUUACAGCUCAUUCAAGUGCUCCAGUCUGUUUUUUGAUUCUACUUCAUCCUUCGAUAUUCUACUUCAUCUUUAAAAGUUAUUUUUCAGCCAGAUCCAGUCUGUAUCCAGACCAGAUGGUGGACCUGCACCCUGAGAUGACCACAACGCAGCCCUGAAUGUCAGUGAAGACCAUGACAAGUGAACAUCAUGACUGGACAGCCAUCGGCAUAGAUCCUCACCAAAGACCACCCAAUCCUCUGCAUAGACCCCUAUGGCCAGCAAUGAACGCUGAGCAAAUGAGCAAUGCCAGCUGCUAGGACCACAAUGCAGUUUUAUUGUACUUGCAGUCACUAGCUGCGUUUCCAUCCAUCCAAUUUUUUUUUUAAUACUUUAUUUAUUAGAUUUUUUCUUAAACAUAUCAAAACCCUACAGCAUAUAUAAACCAACAAAUAUUCACUCACAUCUCACAUACAACUAUCCAACAUAUAAUUACAGAACAAAAAAAUAAAUAAAUAAAAAAUAUAUAUAUGCAGAGAAAACAACAGUAUACAAUAUGUAUAAAACAAAAGUGGAGGCAUUAGUCCAAUAACCACCUCAGGUAUUAAUUCAAUCCUCUUCUUAGCUCAGUUAACCAUUUAUCUCAAUGGAUCAAUUCAACCAAUGAUAUCCCUCAUCAGAUUUAUAUAUGUGGGGGCAGCUUUCUGUUUCCAGUUUAACAAUAUUAAUCUUCGUGCUAGUAGAC